UCCGCUGAUAAACGUUAGCCCACUGAGGUUCUGCUGCUUUAAGGGCGCCUAAGGAUGAGGGUACUACCACCGUUUGGCAUCCAAUAAAUAACGAGGAUGAUGAGGCAGCCAGCGGCGCGCGCCGACGCAUCCUCCAAGAGAGGAGGGGGGGGGCGCCUUCAUGAGCGCGCGCGCGAAGCGGCGUGCAGAUGUGUCGCAGAUUUUGUAAAGUCACUGGACGAGUGCGGAGGAAGUCGCUCUGCCCAACACUGGCCUCUGAAAGUGGCAGCAAACUGAAGAGAGACGGAGCCGAGGCAGGCGGCGUCAGCGGCUGUUCCCGUUAGCCCGGUGGGUUGUAGAGGGACGUCACUUUGACAGUUAAAUCCCCACGGAGGGGCUGCGCGCACAGAGAUGGAGCUCUCUGCCAUUGGAGAGCAAGUGUUCGCCGUGGAAUCGAUUCUGAAGAAGAGACUUAGAAAGGGUAAUGUGGAGUACCUGCUGAAGUGGAAAGGGUGGCCUCCAAAGUAUAGCACCUGGGAACCUGAGGAGCACAUUCUGGACCGGCGCUUGGUGCAGGCCUUCGAGGACAAAGAAGAGAGAGACAGAGUCAUUGGCCACAGGAGGAAAGGAGCCAAGUCAAAGAGACUUCUCCUGCAGGACACCGUUUACACCAUGGAUCUCCGCAGCGCUCACAAGAUUCCCGCCAAGCCCCCUCCUCGCCUUCGCCUCUCUCUGACUCGGUCGUUGGUUGCUGACGAGGAGGACGAUGAGACGUACGUUCCUUGCGGCGCCGGCUCUCGGAUACAACCGGCACAUCGAAAAAGCAAGCACAGGGGGCCACAGAGCAGAUGCCUUAACGGAACCCCCCCGAGUCCUUCACGAGAGGACUGGGAAGAGGAGGAAGAGGAGAACAGUCCAGAGGAGAGUGAACAGAGAGAUGAGGAAGAGGAGCAAGAAGAGGCCCAAAUGGAAGGGGCUGAGAUGAGAGAAGGUGUUUUUAACGGACACAGGGAUACAGAUAACUGGAGUACCGCUGCUGGAGCCAACGCUGCCGCCGCAUCAGAAGGAUCGUGGCGACCCAUCAUCGGCCCAGGAGAGGUGACGGUCACAGACGUCACCCUCAACUCCCUCACGGUGACCUUCAGAGAGUCAAGAGUGGCCAAAGGCUUCUUCAGAGACUGGGGUCUGGAGGUGUGAGAGGCGCAGGGAGGAGAAGCCUCUGAGAGCCGGAGCAGGAAGCACUGACUCAAACACAGUGCACGAGCCUGCUCAGUGGUUGCUUUAAAUGCACAAAGUCUCACGCCAGGUACAGUGCCUUACAAAUGUAGUCACACCCCCUAGAACUCACACUUUGUCACGUUACAACCAUAGACUUUAAAGUGUUGCAUCGGAUUUAAUGAUUUAACAGAGUGGGUGUACAAAGUGGAGGGAACGUGGUGUCUGGUUUUUACCAAGAGAAAUCUAAAGGUCUGGCAUACAUUGGAGUUCAACCUUUACUAUCUAUCUAUCUAUCUAUCUAUCUAUCUAUCUAUCUAUCUAUCUAUCUAUCUAUCUAUCUAUCUAUCUAUC